UAACGUCACUAGAGGAAAACGAAUUUGGCGACUUCAGACGCGAAGUGAGGCGCGAAUUGUUACAUUGUCCUAAAUGUUUGUGAUAUUAAAAAUGUGGUGGCUUUGUUACUGUGCCGGCGUUAUUGUGGGCGCGGCGGCGCGAAGCACCGGAAACAAUUCAUGGAAUCCCAUGCCGACCUUCCAAGAUACUUUUCAACCAGAAGCCAAUAGCGAUAGAGAUUUAAAUGAUUUCAUACCUACAUUAAACUCGGGAAUGAAUAUCCACGAAGAAAACAACACCGAUGACGACGAGGAAAUAAUUCCCAUACUAGGAUCAGGAAUGAAUAUUCAUAAGGGGAACGACAAACGAGAAACUAGUAAUCUAAAUGUUGAUGAUGUGAACACCACAACUAAAGAAAAUGAUGAGAAUUGGUCCACUACAAUGAGUUCACUAUUGAAUAAUAAGAUUGAAGAGAAUACAGAAACAGUAAAGGACGAGGAAGUAGAAGAUGAAAUCAAUGUAGAGGUCAACGUGGAUACGGCAGCUGAAGUUUCGACUGUCAUCAGGAGACCUCAAAUUACACAAAGCAAUGGAAAGAUAGAACGAAAAGGAAUAUUAACGAUAGUUGUAAACGUUAAAAGUCAAAAAGAAAAACCCGAACCGUUUGAGGGGCUGAAGGAAUUAUUAGAAAAAGAUCAAAAAGAUUACGAUCAGAAAACUUGUGAUUGGUUGAACGCAAUGCUGGCCAACCAAAAUGUGAAUAAUUCGAGCGCGCUGCAGUGGAUCACAAAAGGACCGCAGGAACCUGUUCCUACAGGUCUUCCACUGGGACCAGUAGGGACGCAAGGCCCCGUAGGACAGCAGGGCCCUCUAGCACCGCAGGGCCCCGUAGCACCGCGCGUCCCUGUAGGACCGCAGGGACCUCUAGCACCGCAGGGAUUUUUAGGACCGCAGGGACCUAUAGGAUGGCUAGGACCUCUAGGACUGCAGGGAACCGUAGGACCACAGGUACCGCAGGUAUAUGUAGGAAUGCAGGGACCCGUAAGACUGCUGCAACCUAUAAGAGCGCAAGGGCUUGUAGGUCCACAGUUCCCUGUAGGUCUGAAGGGCGCGCCAACUGAAGCGUCGAACAAAAAGCAGCCCAUUAGAAAUAAGAGCAAUGUAUAUUAGGGAUCUGUUUUCUGAAUCAGCGGGGUUAGUCAAAUUGAAUUCGCUUUGUAAGCGAAUCCAUAGCGAACUUCAAAUAUAUAGAACUGACAAUAACUUUCCAUAAGUCACAAGAUUGUCGCGCCUCAGUUCUAUACAAUUAUGGAUUCGCUUACAAAGCGAAUUCACUUUGUCUAACCCCGCAGCGGUGAUACUACAGCUACGUCCGUUGUCCGGAUGCACUGCACUGCCCGCAACGGAUUUUAGUUUGCUUUGUAUGAUUUUAGCAGAGUUCGACCAACAUCUCAAGAAGCUCCCUAGGGCCCUAUACAAAAAGCAGUUAUCCUAGAAACCGCGCGCAUCGUGAGAAGGAUUCUGUCUCUGCAGUAAUAAAUAUCCAUCCAUCUAAACAUUUGCAUUUAUAAUAUUAAGAUUUCAAUCUCUUUGGAUCACCAGUAAACGUAUUACUAAAGGGGAUGAGGUUCAAAGAGCUGGUAAAAAAAUCGUUUAAUUAAUUGACCACACCAAGUUACUCCAUUGUGUAUAAAAUAUGUGAUCGUAAUUUAACCAACAUUUCUUUGUUUAUAAAUAUGGAGAUUGGAAUAUGAUGUACUCGUAUAGAUAUAGUGUGUGUAUAAGUAAGUUUUGUAAAUUCAUACCUAAGAAUAGU